GGAUAUAAUCUACCAUACUACCAUGACUGAAAGUGCUAAUCUGAUGCCAUUCGUCUGUAAGUGGUUAUAUUCUCAUUCAAAACCACAACAUUUCGAAACCCAGGAGAAACUUAGAAAGCACAUCGACGAACACGACAUCAAUUCUUGCAACAGAGCAUCUAUAGGAGAUCCAAUUUAUAUAUGUCCGUGGGAAGGUUGCAAUAAGCAUCAAAGUAGUAUUACUAAAUUAGAAGAACAUUUACAUAGACACUCUCGUCAAAGACCAUUCAAGUGUCCAAUUUGCACUGGCUCGCGAUUUUGUUCUCUUGAUGCGCUAAACCGACAUUUGAUUAUCAACCAUAAUGAUAGUGUAGUGGACUCUGACACCGAUAAUGAUACAUUAUGUGAUGAAAAUGAAAAAUUGAAUUUAGACACAUGUUCUUUUCUUGUUGAAAGGAAAACUGAAGAUAAAAAUGAUGUUCGUGUGGAGAAAAAGUCUAGCAAAGAUGAAGCUACCAUUUCUAUUAAAGGAAAAGACAAAAAAAACGAGUUUAUACCAACGAAUAAUAACACAAAGUUAUCUUACCGUGAUGUUCUUGUAAAUGGACGUAAUAAACAUGAUCAGACCGUGCAAGAAUUACUUUAUAUGGCAAUGGAAGCUAUCUCAUCAUUACCAAGGCCAGUCGAAUAUGAUUUGGAUAAUGAAAACUAUGAUGAUUUACCUGACGCGCCACAAGGAGAAAUAUUGUCUGAGGAUCAACAGGACGAACUUAUGUGGGAGGCAUUUCGUAAAGCCUACGAAGGUUCAAAAGCUGUCGAAUAUUUUAGUAAAGCCUUUUCAUUAAUGGAAGGAGGACCUUGAGCACAGAUUCCGCUACUAGUUACAACAUUCUCUUUAUACAUAUAGUUAACAGUAUUGUGCGAAGCAGAUGCAAAACACCCAAGCAGCUUUGUCCCCUUAAUUUUUUCCUUACGAUCAAUUAUUUAUAAUUUUAACGAAGAAUAAGAAUAAACAAAAAUGUUAAAGAAUCGCACGAAAUUAAUCGUUCAAUAAAAUAGUCGUAUAUCAAAUGUAUAUUUAUUAGAAAAUAAAAACUAA